ACCAACUCUUCCUUUGGGCUACACCGCUUAGCAAUGACGACUGAGAGCUCUCAGCAGCAGCUGGACACGCCGGCUCCCAUCAGAUCCAGCCCGGCAUCCAGUACCAUGCACUCGGCGCUUCAGAGCACACAGACAGCGCUGGAGAGCACAGCUGCGACCGGCAGCAAGGGCAAAAAGUCCAACUCGGGCGUGAGGCGCCCCGAAAAGCCGCCUUACUCCUAUAUCGCCCUCAUAGUCAUGGCGAUACAGAGCUCCCCGACCAAAAGGUUAACGCUGAGUGAAAUCUAUCAGUUCCUCCAAGCGCGCUUCCCGUUUUUUAGGGGUUCCUACCAAGGCUGGAAAAAUUCCGUCAGACACAAUUUGUCUCUUAACGAGUGCUUCAUCAAACUUCCCAAAGGCCUCGGGCGGCCGGGCAAAGGCCACUAUUGGACCAUCGACCCCGGGAGCGAGUUCAUGUUCGAGGAGGGCUCUUUCCGACGCAGGCCCCGUGGUUUCCGAAGGAAAUGCCAGGCUCUCAAACCCAUGUACCGCAUGAUGAACGGCAUCGGCUUCGGCGCUUCGAUGCUGCCCCAAAACUUCGACUUCCAGUCGCCCUCCGCGUCCCUGGCCUGCCAUACCAACGGCUACAACCUGGACAUGAUGAGCAACCCUGUGCCUGGCGUUCACACGGGUUACGAUGGCCUCAGUACAGCAGGCCAUCAUGUCUCACACAUGUCGCCCAGCUCGGGUUCUACAUACAUGACGGCGUGCCAAGUCGCUUCCAACGGCGAGUACGGCCCAGACAACAGCAACAGUCCGCUGCACUCUCCGCCGGCCAUGAGCGGCUCUCUGGAGUGCCAUUCGCCGUAUGGAGCCGCCUCGGCACAUUGGGCUUCAUCAGGAGUGUCUCCUUACAUUAAACAGCAGCCGCUAGCCUCCAGCAGCCCCAACUCCUCCGGAUUACACUCGAGUAUGCCGCCUUAUUCUCUGGAGCAGGGCUAUCUGCAUCACAACGGCAGAGAGUCGGCAGACAUCUCAGAGGCCUACACGUGUUACGUGUGCUAA